AUGAAUGGUUGUGAUGAGAUGUUUAUAUAUAGAGAGGGUGUAAAGAGAAGAAGUGGUAGAAGGUGGAAGAAAAUGAGUUCAUCUGGUAGAAGUGUGUCAGUGGUGUGGGUGGUUAUGUUGAUAUUAUCAAUGGUGAAGAAUGGUAUGGGAGAGAAAGUUGUGGUUAGGGCUACGAAUUCUUUGGGAGAAAAUGUGAACUUAGACAUUGAAUGCACGGUUGAUGAAGGUCCACCCAUUACUCUCAUCCCUGGAACUUCUCAUCAAUGGAACUAUUUCUUUGAUAAGGAAUUCAUAUGUUUCUUUCAGUGGUUUGGUGCACAAAGCUCCGGCUAUCACUCAUUUGAUAUGUUCGUAAAAUCUAGGGAUAAGGCUUCCAACCUUUCGUGGUUUAUAAAACCAGAUGGACCAUGUAGGGUUGCACCUGAUGGAUCCUCUCUUUGCUUUCGCUGGAAAACUUAG